AAAUUAUUAUACAGUUUACACCUGAAAAAAUCCUGAGAUUCAAAAGGACACAAUUCAUUCUACAAAUAUUUAUUAAAGGCCUACUGUGUGCCAGCCACUGGGAAUACAGUAUUGAACAAAAUAUUUCCCCACAACUAUAAAAAGAAUGGCAUAUUGUAUUUUAAAUGUCCCCUUACCAAAAUAAGAGGCACAGUACAGCAGCUGUCUGGAGAGAAAGACCUCCAGGCAGGCCUCGUUUUAAAUAUAGAAACCCCCUAAAAAUAGCCACCCACGUUACAGACUCAACAGGUGAUUGGCCGGAACAGAGGGGAGGGGAACCGAGGCCUCAGUGAAGGAGAAGGAAAGGACGGUGCCGUUGUCCCCAGCUUCUCUCACUGACAUGGCUUUGCCUCUGAGGUCCUUGGGUCGGGGCUUGGCCAGUGCGGCCAAGGGAGACCACGGAGGGACAGGAGCCCGCACCUGGCGCCUCCUGACCUUCGUGCUGGCGCUCCCGAGCGUGGCCCUCUGCACCCUCAACUCCUGGCUCCACUCGGGCCACCACGAGCGCCCAGAGUUCAUCCCCUACCAUCACCUCCGGAUCCGCUCCAAGCCCUACUCCUGGGGAGACGGCAACCACACUCUUUUCCACAAUCCCCGUGUCAACCCUCUGCCCACGGGCUACGAAAAGCCUUGAGGCCUUGGACGAUUCCCCCAGACGCAAUAAAAGUGUGGAAGCCG